AUGAGCCAUAAUUUACUCAUACAUAAGCCGUGGGAGUCAUUAGAUCAGCUGCGAGACACCCUGACACAAUCUAAGGAAAAUACACACCGAAUGGUGGAAUACUCACGCCUAAUGAUGUCUAAAUGGAACCAGGUUACUGAAAUUAUCCAGGACCUUGUACAAGAAGAAGCAGUACACGUGCACCCACAAAAUGCAAACCCGGCUCCAACUCUUUUUGAACCCUUCGACGAUCCACCGCAGUCCGGCGUCCUUCGAGAUGCUGUAGACGAUUCCAUUCCAGCCACGAAGUUCGAGCCCAUGGAUGAGCCGUCUGUGCCGGCAGUGACGGAGCCGAAUAAGGUGGUUCAGCUCUGGCGCGUCGAUUCAUGGACCAUGAACAAGCCGUCUCUUCUGUCGAAAAUCGAUUCCCUGGACGCACAACUUGUACCGGAGGUGAUGAAGCAGAAUGUGGAGAAGCCAUUUCCACCUUUGGUUGUUUUUGAUAACAACGUGCAGCUCUCGCUUGCAGACAUAUCGGUUGAGUUGCAAUUGGUGGCCCGGAAGCAUCGCUGGCGAUGGAAGCCAGUGAACGACGACGAAAAUGCAACGGCUAACAACUCGGCUGGUGCCGUUGAUGGAACCCAUAGAGCGCCUAAAGUGUUUUCCUCUUUUGGAUGCUACGUGUCCUUGCACACAGACAAGGUAGCAACGAGCCUGGACGCUCCAAGGUGUACAAAUGACUGCUACGUGGCAGUUGACUACCUCAGGCACCUUAACAACCAUACCUACGUGGCUUUUGCUACUGCUAAAGUCCAUUUUCUCAAAAUUGGCCCAUCUCUGUUCCAAGAGUGGCCUCAGUUGCUUGAGACGCAGCGGUCGACACCAAGUCAGCUCUGGCGCUAUCUAGUGUUUCAGCACUCAACCAAAACGGCUAAGCACCGAUGGCGUUGGAAGCUCCCUGGGUGGCGGACAUCGUGGGUGCCCAUAACUGGCAGCACGGACCUUCAGCACCUCUUAUGGAAGCGAACGGAGCCAAAUGCCCAAAUCGGGGGCAUGAAAAGCGAAGGCGUAGAGCUUUCUGUGUUGCUAGCCGAAACUCAAAGGCGCUGGGCCGUGGAACCAGAUCAUGUCCCUGACUGGAGGGAGCUUAUCCUGUUCAGAGGGCUGGCCGUGAGCGCUGCGUGGGAGACCCUCUUUUGCCUCAACACGCCUAAGCUCAAUCCGACGGUCGGAAUCGUUCUUUUCCUAAACAUCUCCGCUGGGUUACUCGGGUUCUUCUUCAUCCAAUCGAGACGAGCUUCAGGUCCACGCUUGGGUUUUCAUUUAAUUCCUUCACCAACUUUGCCCUUUACUUGUCCAAAAGGAAUUGAUUGUGCGUAUCCGCCCAGUGAGCUUGCGAGGCUCAAUCCCAGAGUUUGCUGGUACUGGUUGUCGGGCGACUGCUUUACGCCUACCUGGGUUUUUCAACACCCUCCUUUGGAUAGGCAUGCUGGCACGACACCUGUAUCUUUCCUCUGUUCAACACAUCUGACCAUACCCACGACAACAAGACAUAUGCCGGCCGUGAGACUGGGUCAGCACCAGUCGAAUCCCAUAUGAAUUCAUCUGCCAGUGCUUCUCAGAUUGCUGUUCGUGAGUUUGAUGAUGUUGUGCUUCGAUCAUAGUCCUGGCGUCCAGUAGAUGGGUUUUUUCAACGACGAUCUCAUUUCUGCACAGAUCAAGGUUCAGACACGCAAUUGGCAGACCCUAGUCAGUCAGAGGAACGCGAGAAUUCAUUUCCUAGCUUUGUUCUUCUUGUGGAUAAUACCUCGGAGAAUUUGUGCUAUGAGAAUGAUCUAGAAUAUUUGCUAGACCUUCUUACUGACCACAUAGAGCUGAAUAGCCGCUUCUUGGUAUAUGAUUUUGACGCUUCACUUGCGCACUUCUUUUUCGUAGUUCUGGUGGUUCUCGUGGGUUCACAGCCUCUUGCUCCAUUUAAUUUUUUCAAAUGGGCUGAGUCGGGUUUAUUUUCACAUGGUUCCAUAACGGUAGGCAAUGGGCUGCCAUUUGUUUGUCCGAAUGGGCUAGGUAAUUCUGGAUAUCCACCUGACUGGAGUUGUCUUCAACUGUGGACUUUGAGACUUCUGUUAAUUAUGAUUGAUCUAUAUGUGAUUUGCGGGCUUUUGGAUUAUGGGCGCAAGGUGUUUGACGAAAUGGCUGAUAGGGCUGUGCAUUUGGUCAUCUUCAAACACCGAUGGCUUUGGAAGUUUUCUUGUUGGUGGCCGUCGUGGGUGUCAAUACCGGGAGGCAGGGACCUCCGGCAUUUUUCAUGGACGCAAAUGACGAUGGCAUUACCGACUUUUCUCGAGCUCCUUGGGUGCACGGAGACGCUGGGUGAGGAAGACGACGAUGGGUGCCCACAUGGCCAUGGAUGCAGCUGUGUUUUGCAUGGGGAAGACAUUACCGUUUCUUGGUGUAUGUUUUUGAAGCUUCGAAAAUGGAGGGGCAUAAUCAGAAGCCAGACGAGCUUCAAAUCUGAGCUGCUUGCAGGGCCACGAAAAUUCCGUUGCAACGGGAUGACGCUUGCCUCAUUCCAUGACGGGCGAUAAUGGGUGCCAACGUGGCCAUGGCUGCAGAUUCCUUUUGCAUGGGUGAGAAUUUCUGGAAGCAAGGAUAACCGUAUUGAGCUUGAGUCUUGGACGGUUUUGGAGGCACGAGCUGAUGACGUUUUGAUACUUGUGGCUGGACCUUGGACGCAGUUCAACGUGGCAGCAGCAAUUCUGGACUUUGGACGCAAUUCAACGUGGCAGCAACAAUUCUGGACUUUGGACCGAGCUGAUGACGUUUUGGUUCUAGGUGCCAUUCUAUUACAAUUUCUUUGUAUAUGUGGCAGCAGCUCAACGUGGCAAUGGAUGCAACAAAAGUCUACAUUAUGGGCUUUCUCUCUUUAGACAGCUGAAGGGGUUUGAACUUUGCAAAUUGAAUGGGCCUCUAGUGUUCCACAAGCCUGAAUGGCCUAACUUUUGGGUGCUGUGUGGGCCAACAAUGGGAUUUUUAUUUUUUUAGUAUUAUUGCAUAGGUUAAUUGCAUUUCUUAUGUUUAGUUUGGUUUAUUUUCUUUUCUUUGUAAUUUUCCAAAACGCACCUCGAGGGCGAGGUGCUUUAAAGGGUGGGGCAAUGUAAGGGAUAUAAUGGGUAUGCAAGAGAUAUAAGGGGUAUUCUAGAAGGUAGUGAGCUGGAAGUAUCUGGGAACUAACAAUAUUCGGUUGGCAAGAAGGCUCUAGAAGGGGAUGAGGUGGCGGAAGGCACUCUCCUAUAAAAUCCCAUAGAAUGGAGAAGGAAGGUAUGAAAAGAGAGAAUAUUGAGUCUAGUUAGUAGUUAGUUUUGGAGAGCUCGGGCCUCUCGAAGAGCCCAUAGUUUGUAAGAGAAAUAGGCCUAUCCAAGAGCCUUAAUCCAUUGUUUUAUCA